AUGACUCUCGAGGCACUGGACGAGGAUGCGAUGCCCUUGGGACUUCCGGUCUCAUGGGCUAAGACCAAGGGACAGAUGUUUGGAGGCUUGCAAGAUGAAGAGUACCUUGGUAGCGCGCGAGUGAAGCUACAGCAGCGGAGUUACCAAGAGAGUGAGGAGUUGUUACGGCAGGUGCUUCAGAAUGAGCCCAGCAACCAGGAGGCUCUGUUCCAGCUCUCCCUCCUCUUCACUCAUACCAACCGCACCCAAGACGCCCUCAACCUCGCCCAGCGGGCCGCCCAUGCCUGCUCGCGGCCGCCUACCCUAUGUGCCCGCCUUCACGCCCACCACGGCGACCUGUUAAACGAUAGGCACAGCGUGAAUGAGGCCGCCGAGAGUUAUCAUCAAGCAGUAAAGUUGGAGCCCACACUCACCCACGCUCACGUCAACCUGGGGGCACUGUACCACACCAAGGGAGACUACACAAGUGCGUGGAGACACUACCUGACGGCACAUGGACUGGAGCCUUCCAAUGCCUUGCUACUGGAGAACAUGGAGAAACUACGACGGGCACAGGACCUUAAAGCAACGGCGUCUGGACUCCCGCACUGCCUCACCAAGUCCUGAUGGCAAGCGGACCUGGACUUAUGUAUCCUUAUUGUCUUGAUCAGAGGCCUUCACGACAAGCAGAUUCUUCUUCCUCCUGCGUCUGGCUACGUCAGCAAAACUGGCGCAACCCGACUCUGCCUGCUCAUCACAAAUUACGCCUGCCACCUCCCUCAACUCCUCCUUGACACUGGACAUUCGCGAUUCAACCUCAUCUUUAACCACAGAUAUUUCCUUAAGCUAGAUUCCUGGCGCCUAGGCAGGUUGGUAAGCUUGCAGAUUGGCUGCUCCGCUCUUCCGCUAACACUCAUGUCGGACCACAUCUUGCAUGCUCGA